AUGCGUCGGACAUCAAGCGUGGGAUUAACGCUGCCAACCGACCCAUACUCCGUCGUCGCAGCUACCGGCAAUCCCUUCAUCUCACUCCACAUUCCCGACUCUGCUUCUUCCCAACCUCACCCGUCAAAAAGGGUCCUCGACGUACACGGCUUACCGCGUUCCACAAGAUGGCUAAUUUCACGUCCAAAAACUUCUUUUGUUGCACGGAAUGACCGUUUGUCACCUUUCCCCUCCAUGGAUCGAUCUCACCCUCUCGAGUCUAUGCGUUCAGUAAUUCGAAAUGCUCUUCCAAAUAUUACUGUCGAGUCUAUCAAUCCAUUGCCAUCAUGUCGACUCCUGCGGUUCUUCAGUGUUAAGGUCUCGGAUGGCAGGACACUAAUCCUCAGUCUGCCACCACCUCCCACACAGAGACUACUCCGGUCAGAGAGGUCUACAAACCUCUCAGAAACAUUGGUAACCAAGUGGCUUCUUGAGACUGUGCUAGAAAAUCCUGCCCAGGCUAGACAUCUUGUCCCUGAGAGCACUGAUAUUCCUAGGCAAAUCAAAGGGGAACCGCAUAAGGAUGAACAGAGAGCACGCCUCGAAGGGACAGAAGGCUCGAGAAGGGAUCUGCUCAGGUUCCUUCCCGUCCCCAUCAUCCACUCGCCCUCAUCAGCAGAGUUAGGUUCUCCUUUCAACAUAUUCGAGCCAACGGGAGGGGUCUCUAUAUCCGAACUCCUGGCACCUUUAACGCCAUCCGAGAAAAAGGGGGUGGACUUUCAACAGGGUCAGUUUGUGCGAUGGAUCUCGGGGUUCACAUCACCGAAUAAGUCUUUCGGGCGAAUCGUAGCGGUAUUAAACCCAGAACCACCGUCUACCGAUUCAUCUGGAACGCAACCGGCUGGCUUUGGUGUCCAUGGUGCUGAAAGCUGGAGACAUACUUUCCACUCUUUAUUAGAAGGUGUAUUAAGAGACGCGGAGGAUAUGGCCGUGGCCAUCAGCUACGAGCCAAUCAGGGGUUACUUUAACAGGUUGGGCCACUUCUUGGAUGGUGUGACCACUGCUCGACUAGUUAUACUGGAUGCGAGCGAUGAAUCCAAUAUUCGAGUAUCAAGAUCAACUAAAUUCAACAGUAAGGAGCACGACACAAACCCGCAACAGCAACCAUCUAGCCGAGAAACGGAACGGGGAGAGAAUAGAGCCACGACUGAGGAACGGAUAGAAGGACGGAACCAAGGAGGCGAGGGAAGAAGGCUAUCUGAAGCGCGGCAACCAACCAUUUCCGUCACGGGUCUUUGCGACUGGAGCAAUUGCAUCUUUGGCGAUCCCCUUAUUGCCGAAGUAUUCAGCCAGGGACCUUCGAGCGAGUUUCUGCGCGGUUUCCGAAACGUCCGAGGACUAGAUACUUCUCCCGACCCGAGAAGUCGUGGAGAAUCCGAGAGCAAUGAAGAUAUUCUCAUUGAGGAUUACGAGACCGCCCAUAUUCGCCUGUUGUUGUACGAGUGUUACCACGCUACGGUAGGCGUGGUGAAGCAAUUCUACCGACCGGGUCCCAAUAGCAGCGACCGCGAGAUCGUAGCACGUAAGCGCUUAGCAGCCGCGCUGAGGAAACUCGAAGACGUGGAUGAGGACGCAGCAGUAAAGAGGCCGAGAAGGCCCAGUGCCAACGUGGAGGCGUGGCCCGUCAAGAAGACGAAAGGGAAUACGGAUACGGAUACGGAUAAUCGUAGUCCUAGUCCUAACGCGGAAAGCGAUCAUGAGAUCGAGAAAACAUCAACAGCCGAUGUAGGCAAAACGCCAGGAGCAAGAGGCGGAGGUUCAUCGAGAAGAACAAGCGAGGCAAUACAAGGCACGCGCAAUGUGUUGGUGGGCCACGGGAAAAGAGAAACAUAA